AUGGACCUUACCAUAUUAGGUUAUCAACUUGGUGAGGUGAUUGGGGAAGGUACCUAUUCCGUAGUGAAGAAGGCCUUCUCGCCCAAACUUGGCAAAUCAGUUGCCAUAAAAGUCAUUGAUAAAUCAAAAUUAUCAAAGACGUACAUCAACAAAUUCCUCAAGCGUGAAAUCAAAACGCUAACCCGGUGUUAUCACCCCAAUAUUGUCAAGGUCCAUGAGAUCUUUGCAUCUCAGGACACCUUGCUCAUUGUUAUGGAGGAAGCCAAAUUGGAUCUGUAUGAAUUGAUUAACUCCAAACAUCACCUAUCAGAAAGGGUUGCCCGGCAGAUCUUUAAGCAGAUCACUGAGGCGCUGAAAUAUUGCCACGAUCUCGGUAUCGCUCACAGAGAUUUAAAGUGUGAAAAUAUUCUCCUGAUUACUGAAAAUUGUCCGAAGCUCUCGGACUUCGGGUUUGCUUGCUCUGACGAUUGUAGUUCAUCGACAUUCUGUGGAUCUCCAGCCUACGCUGCCCCCGAGAUCCUCAAUGGAGAGGUCUACAAUCCCUUCAAGGCUGACAUCUGGAGCCUGGGCGUCAUCUUGUACCUAAUGGUCACAGGCUGCAUGCCCUUCAAUGACAAUGACCUCUCCAAGCUUGUCAAGUUACAAGCUCAAGCUUUAAAGUUUCCUCCGACACCUUGUCUCACCGCCUGUUGCCAAAAUCUCAUCAUCAAGAUGAUAAAGAAGGAUCCAGCGGAACGGAGCAGCAUCAACAACAUUCUUGCCCAUCCGUGGUUCCAAUGUGCUGAACAAGGCGCUUGA